GGAACGUAGUCUCUUCGAAAAUGUCUUCGUUGGUGAAUGUUUUGCUGCGAAAAAGUGUAAAUUUAAGCAAUUCAAAAGCCUUAUUGGCGAACAUACCGGUAGUUUAUAAUGUGAAUUCUGAACGUAAAGCUCACCGAUGGAUGCCCGACAAAGAUUUCGUGCAGCAAUUCGGAGGGGCUGUUAUGUAUCCUGAAGGAGUGACUGCCCUCAUGAAACACCCACCUUAUAACAGCAUUGUGACACCAUCUGAGAAGCAGGUCCGUAACAUGAUACUCAACUUUGGACCUCAGCAUCCCGCUGCUCACGGUGUGCUCCGACUUGUAAUGGAGCUUGAUGGUGAGACGGUACGCGGUGCUGAUCCACAUAUUGGUCUCCUCCACCGUGGUACUGAGAAGUUGAUCGAAUACAAGACAUACACCCAAGCUUUGCCGUACUUUGACCGUCUCGACUAUGUAUCCAUGAUGUGCAACGAACAAUGCUACAGUUUAGCAGUAGAGAAAUUACUUAAUAUUGACAUACCGUUACGAGCUAAGUAUAUAAGAACACUGUUCGCUGAAAUCACUCGACUCCUCAACCACAUAAUGGCGGUUGGCACGCACGCAUUGGACGUUGGAGCUCUGACUCCAUUCUUCUGGCUUUUCGAGGAACGUGAGAAAAUGAUGGAGUUCUACGAGAGGGUCAGCGGUGCGAGGAUGCACGCAGCUUAUAUACGCCCUGGAGGUGUUUCUUUGGAUAUGCCGCUGGGCCUGAUGGACGACAUCUACGAGUUCGCAAGCAAGUUCUCGGAACGACUCGACGAGGUGGAGGACGUUCUGACCACCAACCGCAUCUGGGUGCAGCGCACCAAGGACGUGGGCGUGGUCACCGCGCAAGACGCGCUCAACUACGGGUUCAGCGGCGUGAUGCUCCGCGGGUCGGGUAUCAAGUGGGACCUGCGCAAGAGUCAGCCCUACGACGCCUACCACCUGGUGGAGUUCGACGUGCCCAUCGGCACCCACGGGGACUGCUACGACAGAUACUUAAUCCGAAUUGAAGAAAUGCGUCAGAGUCUCCGCAUCAUCGAGCAGUGCCUCAACCAGAUGCCGCCCGGGGAGGUGAAGACGGACGACGCCAAGCUGACGCCGCCGUCGCGCGAGGAGAUGAAGACAUCAAUGGAGUCGCUGAUCCACCACUUCAAGCUGUUCACUCAGGGCUACUCCGUGCCCCCGGGAACCACCUACACCGCCGUGGAGGCGCCUAAGGGAGAGUUCGGUAUCUACCUCGUCUCCGACGGCAGCUCUAAGCCAUACCGAUGCAAGAUAAAGGCGCCAGGGUUCGCUCACCUCGCAGCCCUCGAGAAGGUCGGGAAGAAUUCCAUGUUGGCGGACAUCGUCGCCAUCAUCGGCACCCUGGACGUGGUGUUUGGGGAAAUUGACCGGUAGACACCAGCCGUUCCACAUGGCUCCUGUCUCCGUAUCUUGUUCACAGUGUUAAAUAUAAACGACUUUUGUAACAGCAUUUUAUAAUAAAACCAUAGACAAUAGCACCCUUGCAAGAUCACGUAAUAGAAUAAGCAAGUCUUAAGCAAGUUUCUAGAAGUUUCUGUGUUUUUAUCUGCAAGUUGAUAACUAACGGUCUUACUUAGCUGCUGUUCAGUUGAACACAGAUUUAUCUCUUUCUGUUAUUAUUGAUUUGACAUUCGAAAGAAGAAGACAGCAUUUAAUCACACGCGUACGCUUAUAAAUGAGGCCGUAAGUUUUUAAUUGGGAUUUAUAAAUUUGCAUUUAAACGCGUUUUUGACGUCUGUGUGUUGAUCACGACGUAACCUUUAAACAGCUCAGUAUGGAUUUAAAAAGAGUAUUGUUGUCUUAUUUGUUAAUUUUAAGACAAAUUAUUAACAUAUUUCGUUUUUUUUUUUAAUUUAAAUAUAAAUUAAAAAAUAAUAGAGAAAAUAAAUAUUGAAAAACAUUUUUUUGUAAAUUGAACGUUACUUUAAAGUUAUAUCAUUCGAUAGCGGACUAAGGAAGGGAAUGGCAACCAGCAGGCCAGACAUCGACAAGAGUACGGAGACAAUAUUUUUUUUAAAAUAUAUUGUAGAAGAAAUAAAAUGUACAUUAUAAGUAAAGCAAAUAAAUUAUUUGUAUAUCUGA